AUGCACACCCCGCUUCGUAUCGCCGUGUUGGAAUGCGACACUCCAGUGGACGGCGUCAACCGCCGCUACAACGGAUAUGGCGGGGUCUUCCAAGUACUUCUCAAAGCCGGCGCUAUAUCACUAAACCAGCCCGAAAGGCUGGACCCAGCAACGGGCUUGGAAGUCACAGCCUGGGACAUAGUCAAUGACGACAAAUACCCGAAGCUGGAAGACAUCGAUGCUGUGCUUCUGACAGGAUCAAAAUAUAACUCAUACGAUAACACCCCCUGGAUUAUCCGUCUUGUCGAAUUCACCCAACAAGUCCUCGCCCAAGAUCGGGUUCGCCUACUCGGAAUCUGCUUCGGACACCAAAUUCUCGGCCGCGCAUUAGGAAGCAAGGUUGGAAAAAGCGAUCAAGGCUGGGAGAUUUCUGUAUGCGAUAUGGAUUUGACUGAUCAGGGCAAGCAACUCUUUGGGCGGGAUAAAAUUCGCAUCCAACAAAUGCACCAAGAUAUCGUUUAUGAGUAUCCCCCGAACGUGACUCCGCUAGGCUCAUCCCCGCGCUGUGCUGUGCAGGGCAUGUAUUCGCCACGCCGCUUUAUCACCGUCCAGGGCCACCCUGAAUUUACGGGGGAUAUUAUUACGGAGAUUAUUCAGAUUCGGGCCAAGCAGGGUAUUUUCACGGAACUCCAAGCUCAGGAUGCCCUGGCGAGGGCUAAUAAUGAACAUGAUGGUGUCAAUAUUGCUGUGGUGUUCCUGAAGUUCCUACUAGAGGACUGA